AUGAGCCUUCAAGGAAAAAUUGCCAUUGUCACCGGCGCCUCGCGCGGAAUCGGCGCCGGGAUCGCCCUCGAUCUCGCAAAGCAGGGUGCAAAGCUCACCCUAACCUACACCUCCGCAAGCAGCGAACCCGCUAUCGACGCUCUAUGUGUCAAAAUCCACUCCCUAAACAACGGCUCCGCAGCAGUCAAAGUCGAAGCCGACCUCCGACGCCCAGACGGCCCAGCCAGAAUCCUCACUGCCACGUUCGAGGCAUUCCCAUCGGAAAACAAUGACAACAAGAUCGACAUCCUUGUCAACAACGCCGGCGUCUCUCAAUGCAAGAAUCUCGUCGAAACCAGCCAGGAGGAUAUAUGCUCCAUCUUCGACGUCAACGUUUACGGUUUGAUGAACAUGACCAAAGCCGUUAUCCCGCAUCUGCGCGCCCCAGGCCGAGUCAUCAACCUCAGCUCUGUAGCUGCCCGGCGCGGAUCACCCGGUUUCUCGGUGUACUCCGCCUCCAAGGCAGCCGUGGAGGGCUUCACGAGGUCGUUGGCGUGUGAACUGGGGCCUGUGGGGUGCACGGUUAAUGCUGUCCAGCCUGGGGCCGUGGAGUCUGAUAUGUUGCGGCAGGAGGUGCCUGAGCAGGUGAUCGCUUAUAUCCAGGAGAAUACGCCGUUAGGCAAUCGGGUUGGUAUCCCAGAGGAUAUAGCGAGGGUUGUGACGUUCCUGGCUGGGGAGGCGGCGGGUGGGUGA